GCAGAUCAGCAUGAGAUCCUUUCAUGCACAUAUUUGGUGUCCUGCAAGCUGAUCGAGGAUCAUUUCGAGGACGCCGCCUGGUCCUCGACACUUCCACUUGGGUUUAGCCAGGCGGCUGUUUAUCAAAACAGAUGCAAAUAUAACCAAGUAGUCUUUUUAUUUAGUAUUUAACGUUAACUUAUAGAUAGCUGCUGGUCAUGCUAAUGGUUUAGUUUACAAACGUGCGCGCGCCACUGGAGACCUUUACGAACUGUUUUACGGACACGAGCAAAAACUUGACGGGAUUAGAGAAACACGGCGGGUUUGUGAUUUCUAGAGGAAUAUUGGCUAUGUUUUGGCGAUAAAAACACUUGGUCUCUCAGGUUGCGCUUUAGAGGGUUGUUGGAGAAGGUGUGUUCGUGUGUCGUUUGUGUCCGGGUGUGGAGAGAUGUCCGUCUGCAGGAGUCAGUCGCUGAGAGCCGUUUCUGUGAUUUUCAUCCUGCUGUUUGUCAACAUCGCAGAAACAUCUGCAGAAGAUGAGGAUUUCAAUGCGGAGUCUUGGCUGAGGACGUACGGUUACCUGUCUCAGGCCAGCAGACAGAUGUCCACUAUGCAGUCUUCACAGAUCCUCUCAAGUGCCAUCAGAGAUAUGCAGCGCUUCUAUGGUCUGCAGGAGACCGGACACAUGGACUCAGAAACGCUCAGAGCCAUGAAAAGGCCUCGUUGUGGAGUGGCUGAUCAUUUUGAGGAGUCAUCAGAGGGAGCUGCUCGGCGGAAGCGCUUUGCACUUACUGGCCACAAGUGGAAUCAAAACAACCUGACCUACAGCAUCCAAAACCACUCGCCCAAAGUUGGCCAGCAGCAAACCUAUGAGGCCAUUCGUAAAGCCUUCCGUGUCUGGGAGAAAGUUACGCCUUUGCAGUUUGAGGAGGUUCCAUAUCACAAGAUUAAGAAUGGCAGUGAAGGGCCCGACAUUAUACUACUGUUUGCCUCCGGCUAUCAUGGAGACAUGUCUCUCUUUGAUGGAGAAGGAGGAUCUCUGGCUCAUGCUUUCUUCCCAGGGCCUGGAAUGGGGGGAGACACACAUUUCGACACAGACGAGCCCUGGACCUUGAACCAACAGGAGGGAUCAGGUGUGGAUUUGUUUUUGGUGGCAGUUCAUGAGUUGGGUCAUGCUCUGGGGUUGGAGCACUCCAACAACCCCUCUGCCAUCAUGGCACCUUUCUACCAGUGGAUGGACACUGAAAGCUUCGCACUGGCAGAUGAUGAUAUUAAUGGAAUUCACCAGAUCUAUGGAUCUCCAGAGACUGUCACCACUCAAGCAGCUCCCACCACCACCCUGUUUACAACCACUGCCAAGCCAGAGCCCACCACCACAGAGGCUCAGCCGAAAACAACCAGACCUUCACUGCAGCCCACCAGGCCUUGGGUGCCUCCUGUCAAUCCCACCAGGAGGACCUAUAGACCCCAGCCCACCAGCCGCUCCAAUCAGGAUGCACCUGACAUCUGCGAGGGCAACUUCGACACGGUGACCAUGCUGAGAGGAGAAAUGUUUGUAUUCAAGGGUCGCUGGUUCUGGAGGGUUCGGAGAAACCGUGUUCUGGAUAAUUACCCAAUGCCCAUCUCCUUCUUCUGGAUGGGACUUCCAGAGGACAUAGAUGCGGCCUAUGAACGACAUGAUGGGAAAUUUGUAUUCUUUAAAGGAAGUAAAUACUGGCUCUUUAGAGAAGCAGACGUGGAGCCCGGGUACCCUCAGGACUUGUUUCGUUAUGGUCAAGGCAUGCCUGAAAGAGUGGACACGGCCGUGUGGUGGGAGCCAUCUGGAUAUACGUACUUCUUCAGAGGAGACAGAUAUUGGCGGUUUAGUGAAGAAUCUCGUGCCAUGGAUAAAGAUUAUCCUAAACCAGUGAGUGUGUGGGGCUCCAUUCCUGUUUCCCCAAAAGGGGCCUUCCUCAGCGAUGAUGGAGCUUACACGUACUUCUACAAAGGCACCAAAUACUGGAGGUUUGACAACAAGCGAAUGAAGGUUGACUCUGGAUACCCGAGAUCCAUUUUAAAUGACUUCAUGGGAUGCCGAGUACACUUUGAUGUAGAACCGGAGAUCUAUCCUGACCACCAAUCGCCUGAUAUGACUGACAACAAUCCAGACCCCGAGGACUACAAAAAUGGCGUAGACGAAGAAGACCCAGAAGAUGAUGACGUGGAUGAGAAAAAGGAAGUAGACGUUAUUCUGAGAGUGAAUGACAAUGAUAAACACAUCAUGACACUCAUCUUGGUGAUUGUGCCUUUGGUUUUGGUUCUGUGCAUUCUGGGAGUGAUCUAUGUCAUUAUCACCACACUACAGAGAAAAGAGACACCCAAAGUGUUAGUUCACUGCAAAAGGUCUUUGCAGCAGUGGGUCUGACAGCAGUCACACUCCUAAAUAUUUCCGCACAUACGUUUUCUACGAGACACACACCUUGUCGUUUGAUUGUUCCUGGUGCUCAUUCAAUCAAUCUCCCUGUUCCCAAAGUAGAAAUUGCACUUUUUAUAGUUUUACAAUUGUUUGCUUGUGAUGUUGCGAGUGAUUUGUCUGUCUGUGAGGUUUUUAUGUUUUCCUUUUGAGCCUGGUCACUGACCCUGUGUCCAAAUAGACCUACUUCUAGACUAUGUAGUAGGUGAAACUUCACGUGAGCCAAGUAGUAUUUCCAAAUUCAUAGUACAAGUAGGUGAAAAGAAGGAGGACAACCAACUGCUUCCGAUAAUAUUUUGACCUGCACAUCCACUGGUCACUUCAAUGAGGCCUUGCUGUAGGUGACAUGACAGUGACACGUCUCAUACUACACUUUUAUCAGGUACACUAGUUCAACUGCUUGUGAACUAAUAUCUCAUUACUACAAUCUCUACUACAUUGCUGCAUUUAGGCAUGGCUAAGAUGAUUUGCUGAAGAAUCAAGAGAAUGACUUCACCCGAGGCAUGAUUGUUGGUGUCAGAUGGGCUGAUUUGAGUAUUCGGAAACUGCUGAUUUACUACCAUUUUAACACAGAACCAUCUCUAUGGGUUAAUGGGGAUGGUCUUGUCUGAAAAAGAGAUUUUAUCCGCUUAAUAGCAGUUCUGUUGGUACAAAUGCCAAAGUUUAGGGGAGAAUGGCUAGACAGGUUGCAGAAAAGCAUCUCUGAAUGUAUAACACAUUUAAAUGUGAAGCAGAUGAGCUACAGGAUAAGAAGAGCACACCGGUAACAGUUCUGUCAGCUUAGAGCAGCAAGCUUGAGCUACAAUUAAAACGGACUAAUCAAAGUUGGUCAAUAGAAGAUUGGAGCCUUGUCUCCAUUUCUGCUGCAACAUUUGGUUGGUAUGAACAGAAUGUGGUGUAAACAACAUCUGAGCAAGAAUCCAUCCUGCUUUUUAAAUGUUUGGCAAAAGAAGGAUACUUCCUGCAGGACAAACACCAUGUCAUAGAGCUCAGAUGAUUUCAAACUGGUUUCUUAAACAAAUGGCCUUCACGAUCACCUGAGAACAGCUCAACAAAGCAGCUUUGGUAUGUGCUGGAACAGGAGAUUCAUAACAUGGAUGUGCUGCUGACAAAUCUGCUGAAACUGUGUGAAGGAUUUCAUGUCAAUAUGGACCAAAAUCUCUUAAGAAAUUUCCAGUUUCUAAGACUUAAAGCCUUGUGCACCUUGGGAUUUUUAUUGCUCUCACUUAUUGUUUCAAGAUCGCUAAUGCCCAAGCAAUUUUUACUGGUGAUGAGCCAAGCAAAAGUUCAAAUUCACUCCCUGACCUUAGAUGGAGGUUAAAGGUGCAGUAUGUACAAUUGACACCUAGAAGUUGAACUAGGUAUUGCAGUCCAGAUUAAAAAAGAUGCAUAGUGUUUCUUUUUCACUCCGCCUGCCAACAACGACUUGCACACAUAGGUUGCCAGACUGACAACACCAACAGUAGCAAGUGCGUCUAAUAAUCUAGCAUUACACUGUAAACUGAUUAGCAAAUGUGUACAUGUGUGAUAUUUGUAUUGCAAAUUAAUAACCACCACAUGUGGAUUUUUAAAUCUGAAUCAGUGUCUCUUAUCAGAGGUUGCUGCUGUCCUCUGGAGGUCACAUUAUCGGCUGUGACUGCAUAUUAAGGCAGCCUUCAAGACUGAAAUGAAAUACGCUGUUUUCCGCCAAGGCAACACAGGAGGCCGAAAUAUAAUUGGGUAAACUGGCAGUGUACAGAGAUAGCAAAACAAAGACAGACGUUCAGACACAGAACACUGAUUUUUUUAAGGAAAAGAACUAUCUUUAACAAUGUUUUUCAGGUAAACAAGCAUAUUCAGUAGGCAUGUUUAUUAAAUAUCUGCAAACAUAUCAUGGUAUUGUUAUGCUUUAGAGGAGUCAAUUACUUACAUAAUGCACCUUUAAUGAAAAAGCAGAAGGACCCCGGUACACAAGGUGACACUGGGUUGAGAAUCGGCACCUCCAAGUCUGAGGCCAUGGUGCUCCACCGGAAAAAAGGUGGUUUGCCAAAGGUGGCUUGGUGGAGGAGUUUAAAUAUCUUUGGGUUUUGUUCACAAGUGAGGGAAGGAUGGAACGUGAGAUUGACAGGCAGAUUGGUGCAGCGGCAGCAGUGAUGCGAUCGAUGUACCAGUCCUAUGUUGUAAAAAAGGAGCUGAGCCGAAAGGCAAUCUACGUUCCUACUCUUAUCUAUGGUCAUCAGCUUUCGGUCAUGACCAAAAGGACAAGAUCUUGGAUACAAGCGGCCAAAAUGAGUUUCCUUCGUAGGGUGGCAGGGCGCACCCUUAUGGAUAGGAUGAGGAGCUCUGUCACUCGGGAGGAGCUCAGAGUAUAGCCACUGCUCCUCCACACCGAGAGAAGUCAGCUGAGGUGGCUAAGGCAUCUGCUUUGGAUGCCUCCUGAGCACCUACCUAGGAAGGUGUUUCAGGCAUGGCCCACCGGCAGGAGGCAGGAAGAGCCGUAGAAAAUAAAUGAAUGAAUGAUAGUUGCUAUCAAAUUCUUUUUGAUAUGCAAUUCCUUUUGUGCUAGGCUAGAUCCUUGUGUGCUUUAGUGCCACCAAAUUGUGUUUUACCAUAAUUUCAGUAGCUCAAGGCCUGUGAACAAAUGAACCAAUCUCAUUGUACGGCCAGUUUUUAACGCAGAACGUCAAACCAAAAUAAAUUAGCCUGAGAUGUUUUUUAAAGGACACUUUGAUUCCUGGUGUUUUGCGCAUAGGUGUGCAGUGCACACUCACAUUAGCACCCUUUGUUUACUCACAAGCCAUUAAACAUCCGCGAUAAACUCCUGCAAUAUUCAUCCUGGUGUGCGUGAGCGUUAAGUAUUUUUUUAUGGCAAAGUGGUCCAAUUCGGUACUAACAAAAUGUACCUAAUAAAGUAGCUGGUGAGAGUAUAAAGAGCAGAUUUUUGGAACGGUCAUCAAUGGUGAUUUCAGACAAUGUGAGGGAAAUGUUGGAUGUACGAAAACAAGCCCAGAUCAGCACAUUUCUUUACAUCCUUUGCUAACCGGCCUCAAUGAUAGAGGAAACCACAAACUCCAUGUCGAGGUCUUGCUGAGAGUGCAGGGUUAAAAGAAAGUCGGGCUUAAUAAAUUGUCCUAGGCACAUUUAGCUGGGUUUAUAGUCUCUUCCCUGUGGAGCCUGGCUUGCAUUACACAGAUGUUGCUGAUUUUGGACUUUAUGGAGAGAAACAGAGGGGGAAGGGGGUUUGUAGUCUGCCAGCAUUUCCUCUGCCUGAGUUCCACUGAGUGAGCGAGAGGAGGGGGAAGAGUUUUGAGGCGUAGUCGUACUGUCAUCGUGACCUACAUUAGUGCACCCCCUACUACUUUCUCCCCCCUCAUAUUUGUCUUCCUGUGGGACUUUGUUUUUCUCGCUGCACUUCCAGUUUUGUUUUUGAGAGCCAUUCCUGGCCUCGUCCGUCAGUGCCUUUCAAGACUGAAUCUGUGCCUUAAUAGUGCAGACCAUCACCACUGUGUUGGAAAUGUACUUGAUUUUCACUUUUUGCAGCAUUCGCACGGAUUUGAGAGAAACAAGCAAAUGUUUGCUGAUGUGGCCUUUCGUGAUUUAAACCUGUGUCAUUUCUGUUUGUAUUUUGUGUCAAUAUGAAUGUGCUUUUUGUAGUGCUGAUGAAAAACUCAUCCUUGAAUAUUGAUGUGUUGAUUUGCAUUGUUUUAUAUUAACAAUCGAGUAAAUCAUGCAGGGCAUGUAUUGCUUUUGUUCACAGAUAUUAUCUGGUAUAUAGCUUGCUCACAAUAAAAUGGAGUAUCUGAAUGUAAGCAUCCCUUUAA